AUGGCAACCACAGUCCGGCCACGCCCCCUGCCCAUCUUGGGGAAUGAGACUCUGCUGGCACAUUACAACUACGUGGGUAAGCUGGAAGGCAGGCUGCGGGACCCCCCCAAGGGCAGCACACUCACCACCAUCCUCUUCUUGGUCAUCUGCAGCUUCAUUGUCUUGGAGAACCUGAUGGUUUUGAUUGCCAUCUGGAAAAAUAAUAAAUUUCACAACCGCAUGUACUUUUUCAUUGGCAAUUUGGCUCUCUGUGACCUGCUGGCAGGCAUAGUGUACAAGGUCAACAUUCUGAUGUCAGGCAAAAAGACGUUUAGCCUGUCUCUGACGGUCUGGUUCCUCAGGGAGGGCAGUAUGUUCGUGGCUCUCGGGGCAUCCACCUGCAGCUUACUGGCCAUCGCCAUUGAGCGGCACUUGACAAUGAUCAAGAUGAGACCCUAUGACGCCAACAAGAAGCACCGUGUCUUCCUUCUGAUUGGGAUGUGUUGGCUCUUUGCGUUUUCGCUGGGCGCCCUGCCCAUCCUGGGCUGGAAUUGCUUGCAGAACUUCUCUGACUGCUCCACCAUCUUGCCUCUCUACUCCAAGAAGUACAUUGCCUUCUGUAUCAGCAUCUUUAUAGCUAUCCUGGUGACCAUCGUUAUCCUGUAUGCACGCAUCUAUUUCCUGGUCAAGUCCAGCAGCCGCAAGGUGGCCAACCACAACAACUCAGAACGGUCCAUGGCCCUGCUGCGAACGGUGGUGAUUGUAGUGAGUGUGUUCAUCGCUUGCUGGGCCCCCCUUUUCAUCCUCUUCCUCAUCGACGUGGCCUGCAGGGUGAAGGAGUGCUCUAUAUUGUUCAAGGAUCAGUGGUUCAUCAUGUUGGCUGUCCUCAACUCUGCCAUGAACCCUAUCAUCUACACGUUGGCUAGCAAGGAGAUGCGGCGUGCCUUCUUCCGGCUGGUCUGCAGCUGCCUGGUCAGGAGCCAGGGGGCCCAUAACUCGCCCAUGCAACCUGCACUCGACCCAAGCAGAAGCAAAUCGAGCACCAGCAACAACAGCAGCCACUCCCCAAAGAUCAAGGAAGACCUGCCCCGUGCAGCCACCUCUCCCUGCAUCACUGACAGAAACAGAAUGCUUCAGAACGGGGUCGUGUGCAAGUGA